CGGGAAUGAGAUAAUGAAUUGGCGGGUGGCUAUUGAAUUCAAGGGAGAUAAUUCAGCUAAUACAUUUUAAUACCAGUGUAUACAAAUGGCGGACGACAGCGGGAAACUUCACAGAAGAACACUGAAAAGAUGCCCAGCGUCACCUACUCAUGAUAACAAACCACUUUGCAAAGUACGUCGAGAAAAUAACAGCAAGAUGAUCAAUGUAGGAGUAGAGACUGGCGAGUUGUCAGUUAGAACUAUUUCAGACUCUUGUUCAAUGAAUGUAAAGGGUGUAGAUGCAGUCUCAGUUUCUUUACAGAACUCUAAAGAUGAAAGUAAUGUUAGCAAUGAACAUGACAAACACUUAACUUCUCUCCCACAGACUCAGGAAACAACUUCUACUGAUUGUAGUAACUUAGUUUUGUCAAAAUGUCAUUCUUCUAAAUACCAUUGUUCGGCUGAGUCAACAAACUACAAAAUCUCUCCUGGUAGGACAGUGUUUUCUCAACAGGAACCAGAAGAAAUUGUAGCAAGUAAAGUCACUAGUCUUCCUCAAGACACAUCAGAACAAAAACAUGACUCUGAACUUCAUUCAGAACAUACAAAUGGAGUACCAUCUCCAGAGGAUUCGUUACACAUUCUUAAUUUACCAAGCAGUAUCCUUCUAGAAAUCUUUAAGUACCUCACUAUUCCUGAACGAAUACAUUCGGUUGAAUUAGUUUGUAAAAAAUGGUAUGAACUCGCUAAAGAUCCAUCAUUGUGGAGACAUAUCAAUUUUCAGGACUUUGGUCACAAGACUCUGUCAGAUGAAAUUCUUGACAAAAUCACCUCAUACAGCAAUCAUGUGGUUCAUUUAGAUAUCUCAAAUACAAUGGGAUUUUCCCCUGAAGGGAUCUCAAGUGUUCUUAAAAAAUGUCGAUGGUUAUCGUUUUUAUCUCUGAAAGGAUGCUGUUCUCUUCCUGAUUCAACCAUUCAACUGAUAGCAGAAAAUCAAUAUGAUCUUGAGCAGUUGUACCUUGAUGAUUGUUUCUGUGUAACCAAUCCCACUAUUGUAAAGAUAUUUCACAACUGUCCGCGUAUCACACAUCUCAGCUUUGGUUGGCAUUUAAAUGCUGAAACUGUCGACACUAUGGCCAAUUACUGUACACGUCUGAAAUUAAUUAACUUAUCUCAUUGUGAUGCUGUUGACUCCCUUGCUAGGAUGUUACAGAAUUGUAAGCAACUUGAAAAUGUCAAUCUUUCUGACUGUCCUCUCAAAGACAGCCAUCUAGUCAACUUGUGUCGUCCCUUGUAGCUAUUGCUAAGCAUAGCAAUAAACUGGAACAACUUGAUGUCAGUUUCUGUAGCAACAUUACCAAUAAAGGAGUAAACUUUGUGUCUGAAAACUGUACCAAACUUUACUUUCUUGGUCUCUUUUCAUGUGAAAAAGUGGAGUCAACUUUCCUAUUUCAAUUACAGAAGGACUACCCUCAUAUUCGUAUUUAUUGCUUUGAACUGGAAUACAAGAGCCUCAUAGAACGAGUUAACGAAGAAGAUCGUUUAUGAUGGACAUUACCUUAAGUGAACACUAAUCAUGUUGAUUUGCCAUUACCUGUGAUAUAUUAAAAACUGUGUAUUUAUUUUUUUUCUAAA